AUUUAUAAGCAUGACGUCAUGACACAGUAUAUAAACCAGGCUCUCAACCCCCAUUAUCACAUCACAAUUCGUUCUUCCCACGGAGGCUGAAACACUCACGGAUAGAUCUCCAUUUAAAGCGACUCCCUAAAGUCAUACGAAAUGGCACGUACCAAGCAGACCGCCCGUAAAUCCACUGGAGGAAAAGCUCCCAGGAAGCAGCUCGCCACCAAGGCUGCGAGGAAGAGCGCCCCGUCUACAGGAGGCGUGAAGAAGCCCCAUCGUUACAGGCCCGGUACCGUGGCUCUGAGGGAGAUCCGUCGUUACCAGAAGUCGACGGAGCUGCUGAUCCGAAAGCUUCCCUUCCAGCGCCUGGUGAGAGAAAUCGCUCAGGACUUCAAGACCGACCUGCGCUUCCAGAGCGCCGCCAUCGGAGCUCUUCAGGAGGCCAGCGAGGCGUACCUGGUGGGUCUCUUCGAGGACACCAACCUGUGUGCGAUCCACGCCAAGCGGGUCACCAUCAUGCCCAAAGACAUCCAGCUGGCCCGCAGGAUAAGAGGCGAGAGAGCCUGAGCAGCCGAGACGCACCUGGCGCUAUUUAUCUUAACAUUAUCGUGGACUUUUUAUUUCUUGGGUCUUUUUUUUUUUACAAGGUUGACAUUUUUGUAUUUUAGAUUCGUGACAAUUCAAGAAAUCAUUCCACGAGGUCUCUUAGGGUAGUUGGAGACGUGUUGUGCAGUAGGAGUGUUUCACCUAUUCCAUCAUGUAGUCGCUUUGCCAGCUGAGUCAUACGGGCCUCCAGCACCUCGACACUACCGAAUGCUAACUUUCAUAUGUCGGGCAAUCGGCAAACAAUAGUUUAAAAAUGGCUUAGCUGGUUUGGACAGUUAUGAAUCGAUUUCUGACAUUCAGGAUCACAAAAGGCAGAGCGUGGUUGGGUUUUGGGUCGCCUUAAGGGACUCCAAUGCCACGCUUCGAUUCAAAAUGUGUCAGAAUCCAGAAUACGCCCAGCAACCUGAAAUCGUCCCAAUCGGCCGACUGUUUUGCUAUCGUCUGCGUAAGCAAGUUAUUAUGUGGCAUGUUUCGAUGUGCUGGCGACCCGUCCUGUACAUUUCUAACAUGACUUCUUCACCAUCUCCCGGUUCACUGCUGGCAUUUAGACGAAUGGAUCAUUUCUGCGUUUCACCGCCAUCUCUCGGUCCUCUGUGGGCUUCAGGCUCCCGCUCUGAGGCCGGGGGAACAUCUUCUUCCAUGGGGGGGGUUCAGGGUCUCUCCAUCAAACACCAGUGUGUCCUAUGUGAGGACAACAGACCCCCCCCCCUCUUCUUCGGACUGCUUUUUAUGUGUUUUUCCAACAUCAAAUCUCGGCAGCUACAUUUAAUAUUUAUGAAAGUGUUGUCGCAUGUCUUUCUAUUAAAGGUCUUUAUGAGUA